CUCUCUCUCCUCCUCUUCCUCUCCCACUCUUCUUUUUGUGCUUCAUUUUUCUCUCAAUAUUUCUCUUUUAAGUGAACAUUUGUUUCUUGUUCUUCUUCUUUGUUCUCCAUGGAAAUGGAGGAUCAGUACAACAUGUCCGAUCUCCGGCAACUCAUGAACGGAGGUCGGACUCACUUCCCCACCAUCCCACUACAAUCCCCCACCGAGCUCUUCCCGAACCACCACCGAGAACCUCCUCCUACUCUUCAUCAUCAACACCAUCCGUACGAGCAGCUCAUGAUGAUGGGCCGUUCUCAAGCCCACGAGAUGAUCUCUCGUGGGCUUCACCAUCAUCAUGAGUUUCGCUCUCCGGACUCUACUAGUGCUGCCGGAGGUGUCACUACUCCUACUACUGUUACAGCAGCUCCUUCCCUUAGUGGCGGUGGCUUGGAGACUGAAGCUGGCGGGUGUCUUGGCGGCGAAGGGUCUGGAAGGUGGCCGAGGCAAGAGACUCUCACUCUUCUGGAGAUCCGAUCACGGCUUGAUUUUAAGUUCAAAGAGGCUAAUCAGAAGGGUCCUCUCUGGGAUGAAGUCUCUAGGAUCAUGUUUGAGGAACAUGGGUAUCAAAGAAGUGGGAAAAAAUGUAGAGAGAAGUUUGAAAAUUUGUACAAGUACUACAAGAAAACAAAGGAAGGAAAGGCUGGAAGACAAGAUGGCAAGCAUUAUCGGUUCUUUCGACAGCUCGAAGCUCUCUAUGGAGAAACCACCAACGCCGUAGUCUCACCAUCUUUACCUGUAGAAACCCAUUUCGUCGGUAAUAAUAGUAGCAAUUAUCGUUACCAAGCAGCCGGCAAUGCUCAAGCAAAUCAAGAGAUCACUACUCCCUAUCAUCAUCAAUCAUCUGAUCAAAAGCACUGUGACAGCCUUAGCCUCUCGAAUUCAUCCGAGUUUGGAACCUCCUCCUCAGAAGAUCAAGACAUUAAUAAUGAUGUCAGUGCAGCCGCAAUGGACGAUGAUCUGCAGGAGGUGAAGACAACGAGGAAGAGAAGAGGGGGUGGCGGGGGGAGGGGUUGGAAGGCGAAGAUAAAAGAGUUUAUCGAUGUGCAAAUGAGGAAGCUAAUGGAGAAGCAAGAGGAGUGGUUGGAGAGGCUAAUGAGAACCCUUGAGCAAAAGGAGAGGGAGAGAGUGGUGAGAGAGGAGGAGUGGAGAAAACAAGAAGUUGAUAGGGUUGAGAGAGAGCACAAGUUUUGGGCCAAAGAGAGGGCAUGGAUUGAAGCUAGGGAUAAAGCUUUGAUGGAUGCAUUGCACAAGAUAUCGGGAGGAUCAUCAUCAACUGAUCAAGCAAAAGCUACUAAUUACAAUUCGUCAUCACCUGAUCAUCAUGAUCGUGAUCAAAUAGUUCAUAACAUGAGUAGGAGUACCAAGGAGUUAUUGAAUAAGAAGCGAAAGGAGAAUGCAAAUUCAAAAAGUGCGUCGGCAUCUUGUUACUUUCAGAGCAAUGAGUCUUGUUCCUCAUUAUAUAGUAGUCAGGGAGGGUAUUGUGGUGAAAUGAGUAAUGAACAAGGUAACCAUGAUGGUUCUAACAAUUCUCCUAAUUGUGGGAAUAAUGCAAAUAAUGUGGGGAGCAAUGCAGUGCCUGAUAAUUGUUUUCCCUUCUUGAUGAGUGAGGGGGAGAACUUGUGGGAAAAUUAUGGAUUGAAGCUCAGCACGGAAAGCCAAAACCAGUGAUGACAAUAUUAUAUGAGGUGUAAUAUUAUUACUUUGUAUUAGGUGAUCAUCUGCUAGCUGCAGAAGACAACUUGCUCAGUUGCUCUAAUCUAGCAGGAGGGUUUGAACUUUGAAAGGAGAGGUUUGACUUUUGUUAUGGGGUUUAACAAAUUUGAAAAAAAACCUCUCUCUCUCUCUCUCUCUCUCUCUCUCUCUCUCUCUCUCUCUCUCUCUCUCAUGUGAGGUGGAGCUUACUGUAUGAUCGUGUAAGCAAGGAGCUAACUGGGGGAUAUUUAUGUGUAGGGUUUGAUUGAUGUUUUAAUCAUGGAACUAAAGUCUUAGGACAUGGAAUUUUUAGAGGGAAAUAAUUAUGGAUUUGGACA